AUGGCUGGAAUACCUUUCAAUGAAAAUAGUCCUCGUUAUGACUGGGUUCUUGUACUCGGUGGAACGAAUGAUUUGGGAUGUCGAACAUCAGCGGAAACAAUUUUCAAUGAAGGAUUGAAAGUCAUAUAUGAUAUGGUUCUUCAACGAGUCAAUGGAACAACGAACUUAGUAGCUAUGACUCUCCUCGAAACUGGUUAUUAUCCACCAGGCGACAUCCACGAUCGAGAAAGACAAAAGUUAAAUGAAAUGAUUCGAAAUUAUGUAUCGAAUUGUCAAGAUCAGGACAGAAUAUGUCUUGUUGACCUUGACAAAAGUAUUCCGUAUCACGGUAUCAAAGACGUAAAAAAUCUUUGGGAUGAUAUGAUUCAUUUGACACCCGCUGGAUAUGAUCGAAUGGCCACAAUCAUUUUUCAAGAAAUUUCAAAAGAAAUCAACCAGUGA